CCCAGCCCGACAGCCCGAAUCCCCCUGCAAGGAGGGCGUUUGUCUGUCCGUAGCUGCUCCUGACUCCUUUCAGCUCGGAAGGGAUUAGUGUCAGCUUUAUUAAGGGGUUGCCAGGUGAUGCUGCUGGUUUUAGAGGUCCGGGUGCUCCCCAGGAGCAGGUGCUGGUUGGUGCGGCUGCCCAGGGUGCUCCCGCAUGGGUGAAGCUCCCUGGGAUCACUUGGGCUCUGCAGAGCAUGGUCAUGCAUGCCGGGCUGGAAACCUCGCGCUGGAAACCGCUGCGUGGUGAGGAGGCAGCAGUGGAAAAGCAGGGAGAGCCGCGGCGGUGGCCGGUGGGUCCCGAGGGACCCCUGGGGACAGCAGGUCCCGGUGGCACAGCACAGCAUCAAGCCCCGCCACAGAGGUUGUGUCUUGCGCUGGUGCAGGGACCCAGUGCACAAUAAAGCCUUUAUCCCCCCGCGGCUGCCGCUCCCCCGUCCAGCUGGGAAUUACACAGUGCUGGCUAUUCGGGUGCUGCCUAAUAAAUUCGGCAGCCGGGGUGGCUGUUUGCAAGGUGGCUCCGGUGUGAAGCGCGCGGCUCCGUGGUGUUCAGGGUCCCUGUCCUGGGGACAUCCCGCUGGCGUCCCUUGUCAAGCGAGGACAAAGCCAAGGAAUCAGCUGGGUGUCCGUGGAGCUGCUGCCCAGGUCCCAGCACAAUUCGGGUGAUUUUAAUCGUCUGCAUUAAGUUCUCUUGAUGGGCUCUUUACAUAGAGCAGCUCUGUGUUGUCAACCGUCAGGCGUUUUAUUUGUUAAAUGGAGGCAAGUUGCAGCCAGGGGAAGCUGGACCUUCUCUGUUGGGGCUGGCAAGCAGGUCCCAGCCUGUGCGUGGCCACCAUCCAGAUUCGAUACUGAGCUCUUCCCAGUGCACGGUUGUGUUUUCUGCGCCGAAACAUCCUCAGGGACCCUCAUCCCAGCUCCAAAUCCCUUCAUCCUCAUCCCUCCAUCCAUCAGGGUGCAAACACCCUGCUUUCCACAUACCCUCCAACCGGCAAAGGCAAAAUAACCUCACAGCUGGUUUGUUAUUCCUGCCUGGAUUAUUCCUUGCGAGCAGGUUGGGGUGAUUUAAUGGAUUUGAUUAGGAAAAGCUGGCUCUGUGCUGUAUUUCUGUUACUCUUUGGGUUCCCCUUACAGCCUUGUGCGGGCAGGUCUGCGCGUGGGGCUGGGACGGUGCCGUCGACACGGGGGAUCCACGGAGCAGUUUAGGAACCCUUUGCCCUGGCCCUGCGGGGGUCUCGGGGUUCACAGAAGCUUUUUGGGGGGUUGUUUGACAGGUUAAUUCCCGCCGCCUUGCUGCUCCCUCCUCCCAGCUCAGACCACUCUGUGCUGGGCUCGGUGCUGCUCUGGGCCCGGUGACACCGGUCGAGCCUGGUGGGUGCUGGGGACUGUCACCCAGUGAUGACCCCUUGUCCCCCAACCGCGCUGCCCCCACGGGGGUCCCACAAUCGCGUGCCAGGGAGCAGGGGCCACAUUCACCUCUGCAUUUUGGGAAGCAUCGUCCAGCCUCGAGCGGGUGGUUUUGCAGCCGGCGCUGCCCCUCUCUUCCUGCUGAUUCAGAGAUGCUGUGUGUGGAGAGAGACCUCGCUGGGGAUGGGGUUUGGGCUGCCCAGACCCCCCAGGCUGGGGGGAGCUGCCUGCAUGCAGGGAUGCCUGUCGGUCCUCUCCCUGCGCACGUCCCCUUUGCAGCCUUUUAACUUCAGUGCGGUGGCCAGUGGGGACAGCAGGGCCGAUGGGGACAGCCGGGGCUGAUGGGGACAGCCGGGGCUGAUGGGGACAGCCGGGGCCGAGCGGCCGCCCGGGCGAUGCUGGCUGCAUGCUGAUGCUGGCCGGCGCAGGAGGCGACGGGAAGGACCGUGGCUCUGCCGCCCGACGCGCCGCGGCUGCCGCGUUAUUGGUCCCCGGCAGAAAUGAGGGCUCGGGGGGGAGACGCGGCAAAUGCAAAUGAGGGGCUGCCGUAACCGAAAUGUAAAUAGCCAGGGUGACAAUGAGGUAGCAGGAGCUGCCUCCUGCUCGCAUCCCACCUCCUCUUUCAUCCCGCAUCAUCACCAGGCCACGUCAGGGGGUCCCUGGUGUUGUUCGUCCCCCUCCAUUUCCACCCCCCGACCGGUGCAGCGCAAGGCUGGGUGCUCCCAGCAGCAGCCGUGCGCAGGAUCAGAGAAUCACAGAGUCCUUUUGCUUAGAAAAGACCUUUAAGAUCAUCGAGUCCAACCGUUAACCCGACACUACCCAGCCAACCUCUAAACCAUGUCCCUAAGAACCUCAUCUCCACGUCUGUUAAACACUCAGGGAUGUUCUAAGGGCAGAGGUGGAGCUGGGAGGGCUUGGACUAGUCCUGUAUGGGGGACUGAACCCUCUCAGAAGACCCAGGGGGAAGCAGCUGGCCCAGCCCUGCUCUGCCCUGGCUCCUCACAGCCCCUCCUGCACCAGGGGGUGUCUGGCAGCCACCAAAUCCCCGUCUGCACCUGUACAGGACAGGGAGGAGGAUACAAAGGGGGAGGAUGCACAGGGAGAAGGAUGCAAAGGGGGAGGAUGCACAGGGAGAAGGAUGCACAGGGCAGGGAGGAUGCACAGCGUGGGGUGGGGGACAAGGAUGCCCGGGGCCAUGCAGCCGUCUCCCCACCCCAGCUCCUAAAUCCUGGCACAGCCUUAAAGCCCAGAGGAAAAAACACCAGACUGAGGGGCAAGUCCUGACCCCCGUCGAGGCACGGCCUUUCCAGCCCUGAGCGACACAGAUGAGGAUGUCCCUGUCACCAGGGCUGUCCCCAGAGCCUCAUCCCCACAGCAACAUGAAUGGGAUGGGCAGGGGGCAGCCGCCCAGCUCCCCUUUGCAUGACAGGGGGAAUCACCCUCCCUGUCACCUCCGUUUCGGGACCGUGCUCCUCGAUGUGCUUAUUAGCAGCGGAGAUCGAUGUUUCACGCUUUGCUACUUCAUUAUUUAUAAGUUCGAGCCCUCGCUUCUCUGCGGGAACACACGGCCCCGCCAGCUCCCAGCUUGCGUCUCCUCUCCCCCCGCAGCCCCACUCGCUCCCCACACAUCCGCUCCUCGCCCAGCCGGGGAAAAGCCCAGGAAUCUUGCCUCUGGCCUCUACACCCCAUUAAUUUUCUUUCCAUCCCAGGGAAAAAGGAGAAACCAGAGGAGAAGCUUCCCCUCCACACCCCAGUAUGGCCCAUGGGACAGAAGCUGGGGCUGCACCAUGUAAAACCAGCACUAAAGCUUGGGACGGUGCCGUGUGCUUGUGGCAGCUCUUUUUGGGGGACGGUGCAGCCGGGGGUGAUGCGAGAAGCCGUGUCUGGCACCGUGCAACAUCCCUUUGCAGUUUUUCAUUCACACACCCCGCCAGCCUGUCCCCGGGGAGAGUCGCGUCCCCAGCUCUCGUCACUGAGCUGGGAGCCCUGGGGCAGCGCGCACGGGACAUUCUCGAUAAACCACAGAGGAUUAAGACCUCUGGACCAUUUCCAUGAGGCUCCGGGGCUGAGCUGGCACUGGGGAGAAUUGAGUUUGACAUGGAGAUCAUGCUGCUGACUUUUGCAUUGGAUUCUGCAGCCUCUGCCCUGGAAAUACCGAGUACGCAGAGAAAGAGCAAGGGAGGGAACAGGAAUGGUCUGGAGUGACCCCAGCAAACCACGGCCACAGUCCUCCUCACCCCUGGAGCAAUGCAGGAGCUGCUGGGAUGGAGGUCAUAGAACUGUAGAAUCACAGAAUAGCUUGGGUUUGGAGGGACCUCCCCAGCCCUCCCAGUGCCCCCCCUGCCAUGAGCAGGGACAUAUUCAGCAGCUCAGGGUGCUCAGAGCCCCGUCCAGCCUGGCCUGGGAUGUCUCCAGGGAUGGUUCAUCUACCACCUCUCUGGCCAACCUGGGCCAGGCUCUCACCACCCUCAGGGACAACAAUUGCCUUUUAUCCAGCCUGAAUCUCCCUCCUGAAGUUUAAAACCAUCACCCCUUGUCCUAUCCCAACAGGCCCUGCUCAAAAGUCUGUCCCCAUCUUUCUUCAGGCCCCUUUUAAGCACUGAAAGGCCGCACUAAGGUCUCCCCGGAGCUUCUCUUCCCCAGCUGAACACCCCAACUCUCUCAGCCGUUCCUCCCAGCAGAGCUGCUCCAGCCUCACAUCAUCAUGGAUGGAUGGAUCCAGCAGCAUCUCGCUGUGCCCCACAUCACCCCAUUGCACCCCACUGAGCCUCUCCACUGCCCCCUGAACACCACUGCACCUUGGGGAACCCCACUGAAUCCCCCUAGGUCCUACUGUGCCUCUCUGCACCCCACUGUGCUCACUGUACCCCGCUAAACCCCAAUGUGAACUUCCCUGUACCCCCAAAUCCUCUCUGCACCCCAAGCUCCCUGCUCAGCCCCCAGCCCACCUCACUCCAGCUGGUUGCAUUUGGGCUCAACUCCUGUCCUCCCCAGAUUCCCCCCUUAAAAACAACCCUUGUGCCAUUCACACCUGCCCUGUUGGUGGGUACCAGGGUGUCCUCCAGCACCCAUGGCAGCUCAGAGGGAGGGUGCAAUGGGACACCCUCAUGCUGCUGCUCUCAGGGUUCUCAACCAUGGGAUGCUCCGGGUCUCCCUGCUCUACCACAACCCCCAGGGACCCCAGCACCCGUGGGGGUCCCCAGGCGUCCCCCCCAUGGCCGUCACAAGCCUGGCAGCCCCGCAGCGAGCAGAGCUCCCCCGCCGUGCAGCGUUAGUGGAUAAUCAUAGAGCCGGAGUGAAAAGCAUCUCCAACACAGCUGGAGAGACCGGGCGCGGGAAUUACUGAUACCCAGAUAUUUCCUGGAGCUUUAGGCACUUAAUAAACAAACCGCAUGGGCCCAGCUGGCUCUGGAAAAACAACUUGGGGACCAGGUGUGGGCAGCAGGGCCGGCUGCUGGCCCCAAAAAGUGUCGUCCUUGUUUGGGGCCGGUCCGCAUGGCACAUGGAGCCGUGGCAGCUCCCACCGCAGUGCCUGGCAGAGCCGGCGCAUUUACAAAUUCUGUAAGACAUUCAAGUGAUUUAUGUAAAUCACUUUUUAAAGUGGCACAUGGGUUCCUAAAUAACUUAUAAGUGUUUGAAACUGCUCGCGUAUAUCCGUUAUUUCUGAGCAGCGAUCCACCUCCAGCAUCCCAGCCCUUCUCCCCAGGGCCCAUCGCCACCUGUAUCAUCCGCAAACUCCUGGCCGGGCCCACCCUCCGUAUCGGCCUCUUUCUGCUGUCAAAGAGCAGCAUCGUUUGACCCCAAAGGCUGCAUCAUUUUCCAGACAAACGAAGCAAACCCAGUGGGACGUGGGCUGCCUGGUGCAAAAUAAUUGGAGGUGAUGGAGCAGAGGAGCAGUCGCUGAUGGGACCACAGCCGUUUGCUGGUGGGGACUUGGCUCUCCUGGGAAACACGGCAGGCUGGGAUUACACUGACUCCAUCAACAGCUCAGAGCCUGUCAAGUAUCACGGUGUUUUGCUCAAAGCAAAUGAUGCAGAAAGCAGCCGUGAGGCGUUUAGCCCUCAGGUGCGGAGCAGAGACGCCAGCGAGCGUUGCUCCGCAGCUGCGUCCUUUCCCCAGCCUCAUCCAGCUUUUCCAUCCGCGGCCGCCCGCGGGGCGCGGGCAGGAGCAUUGGGGAUCCCUCAGCUGCUUGUGGCUCUGCUCACCCCACGCUGACACCAAUACAGCAACAGCAACUCUCAUUUGAAGGCGGAUGCAUUUCACGCUCACUUUGCAGCAGGACAGCGACGCAGCGACCGUUCCUGCGCGGGAGCAACACCACCAGACCCGCCACCAUCUCGGCCAGGCUGGAGCAGAAACAGGUCAGGAACAAGUGGGCUGAGGACAUCGGCACCGGGCACAGCGGGAGGCCAACGCGUGCCUCUGCCUCGCAGCCGCUUCAUUAGCAGCUCUGCAACGGAGCAGGUAAAUCGUUUAGCGCCUGGAACCUCGAAGCUCUGAGCAACAUCGCUCCCGCCCGAGCAGGCGAUUAGGAAAGGAGAGAGAAGGACACGCACGAGUGACACCAGGUGCCCCCAGGGGUCAUUUAGUCCUCGGCCUGGCCCAGGGGGGAUGUCCAACCCCAGCAGCAUGCGCAGAGCCACGGUGCACGGCAGCUCACGCCCAGCUGCGCACACCUGGACACACCGUGCACACCCGGAGCACUUCGCACACCCAGAAGUGUCCUGCAUACCCAGAGCACUUUGCACACCUGGAGCAUUUGCAAACCUGGAGGUGUCGUGCACACCCAGAGCACUUUGCACACGCAGAUGCACUGUGCAUACCCGGAGCGCUCUGCACACCCGGAGGUGUCACACACACCCAGAGCACUUUGCACACGCAGAUGCACUGUGCAUACCCGGAGCGCUCUGCACACCCGGAGGUGUCACACACACCCAGAGCACUUUGCACACGCAGAUGCACUGUGCAUACCCGGAGCACUUUGCACACCCGGAGGUGUCACGCACACCCAGAGCGCUUUGCACACGCAGAUGCACUGUGCAUACCCGGAGCGCUUUGCACACCUGGAGCAUUUGCACACCCGGAGGUGUCAUGCACACCCAGAGCACUUUGCACACACAGACGCACCGUGCAUACCUGGAGCACUUUGCACAUCUGGAGCAUUUUGCAUACCCAGAGGUGUCACGCACACCCAGAGCGCUUUGCACACCCAGAGGUGUCGUGCCAAGAACUCACAGCAGCUCAGAUGCACCUCAGGCCAUUCCUGCUCCUCUUGCGAUGCCUUUGCACAUAAAGAAUCAUUAACAAAUGAAUUAUUAAUUAUCAUUAAUAUGGUUUAAUGGCAUCUGUGGCUGCUGGAAGAGAUGAGGAGGCUUUUGAGCGCUCUCCGGCUGCGAUGGAGGGAAGGAUGUCCCAGCUGGGUACCCUGGGCCCAUGCUCUGCCAACACCAGCCCCCAACCACCACCAGCAUAUGGGAAUUUUCCAAAUCCAUCUUCUUUAAUGUCCCUGUAGCAUUUAUCCAAGCCCCAGCCGGGCACACGGCGCCUUCUCCAACCACAGGUAUUGGGAAGAAUCCACCCAGGAAACCUCCUGGUGCCAUUUUGCGUCUCUGCCCCCCGUGUCAAACAGGGAGCAGCCAGAGCGGAGGGGCCAGGCCCCCGAGGUUGUGAAGCUGCACAGGAGGCAGAGAUGGCCACAGGGAGAUCCGGGAAAUUAACUGUCUCGAGGCCUUUUGCCUCAGUUUUAAUUUAUCUGGCAUUUGUUUCAUCGCCCGCAGAGACCCUGGCUGGAGCCGGGGCUCUCCGCGCAGCAUCACCGCGAUUCCCGAAACAACCGUGACUCACGAAGCUUCUCACCAUCUUAUUUAUUUAUACAGGCCCCGACACUUGGAUAUUAUAACCUUUUCUUUAUGUUUUUGAGGCCUUUUUUUGGCUGCAUGAAGCAUUUGGUGCGUUUACAUCCAGGCUUUUACCACAAGGACAGACAGAGCAUGGGAUGAGGCAGGAGCUUCCCUCUCACCCUCCGGUUUAUUGGGGGUUUUAAGCCCCUUCUCCUUCCUCUCCAGCAGCACCAAAGCCUGAUAAAGUGACGGGGAGACCCAUCCAGAGCAGCAACACGCUGGGGCCGCGUAACCACCCUGCUUGGAUUAGAUUAGAUUUGAAAACCGUGAUGCGUGCAGAGCCGGAGCAAGCGAAGGCAGCAAGAAAACCAGAUAGGAAUACCAUUUUCUUCCCCCCCCCGCCACCAAUAAAACCGUCAGCUUGAAUCCGCUUGCACAAACCAUCUAAGCAAUUGUGAAGGAUGUCGGAAAAAAUUGCAACCUGCUUAUGGGUAAUUUGUGAUCGGCAGGAAACAUGGAAAGGCAUCGGGAUAAGUGUUGGCACAGAAUAAUCCCGGCUGCCCCUCGGCAGCAUCCCCCAGUGGUCCCAGCGACCCCUCCAUGGCACGAGGGGACACGGAGACAGGUAAAUCACCCGGAAAGCUCUAUGCAUUACAAACUGUUCCAACUAUAAGAGUGCUAAUAGAUCCCCAGCAAGAAGGAGAAGGCGGCUGUGGGAGCCAUGGAAGCGGAUGCACGAACAGGCUCGGCUGCAGGUACACGCUCAAUGGCCGGGGGGUGCAGGGGGUCCCAGCUGAGCCCCCCAGAGACCCCAAACCAGCGGGGCUGCGGGUGGCCCCUGCACCCAGAGCAGCAAGCGCAGCACCUGGCUGGGCAGCGCUGGCCCAGGGAAGCUUUGAAAGAUUAAUGGAGUUUAAAUGGAAGCGUUUGGAGAGGAGAUAAGGCUCGGCUGAUACGAAAUCAUAUGGAACAAGGGGAAGCAGGGAGGCCACAGGCCCGUAAUGAAGUCCACUUAGUGCAUUACUCGCCAUAACGUGCUUUUUAUUAAAGUCCCACGCUGCAGAUGCCGGGGCUGCAGCCGAUAAGGGGGACGGGAUGCCCCAGGGACCUCUCUAUCCUGAACCCUGCCACCAAAAGCAGCCUGGAUGGAGCACACCAGGCCUGCACUGUCCCAAAAAGGGUCAUUCGGCUUCCCGUGUGAACUGGGAUGGGGUUCCCGCAUCACCCAGCGCCGCAGCAUCGCUGGUCCCCAUGGCCGGGGCUGAGCUACCCAGGCCUGCGGGGCCGGGGUGGAGAGGAGGCGGAGGUGGGGAAUAAUACAGAGGAAAAAACUCCUUUUUAAUCAUCAGUUUUUCUGCAUUAGAAUGUGACAUGCUAAUCCACUGUGAAGCGUCUAAUCUGGGGGAUAAAGGGCUGGAUAACACAAGCUGUGGCUGGCUUGGCCGGUGGAGCGAGCGGAGGCAAGGUGGCAGCAUCUGAUAAGGGGCAGCAGGAUUAGUCCCGGCAGCCAUCCCGGCACCGGGGCAAUCCCACCUCGCUCGGCUGCCCCGGCUCUGCCCCUCACCAGGGUGGGGAGCGACUUGCACUGCAGAGCUGUCCCAGAGUGGCUCAUCCUGCCCAGGGCAGCUCCAGGAGCCGCACAGCACCCUCACGGGCCACGGCACAUCGCAAACCUCAUUUUUCUUCCCUUUGAUGCAAUGCACCCGCUGCGUGGUACCCAAACAUCCAUCCCCCAAAUCCUGCUCCCAGUCGCACCCAUCUCAUCCCUCCCCACCAGUUGCUCCGGGCACCCCAGGGGUGAUAGAGGUGGCUCGGCAGCGCCCAGUGACAAAACCAAGCGGGUCCAGCUCCCGGGGCUCCUUCUGUGACAGCCUCCCCGGGGCUGGGCUGGGAUAACAGAGCUUGCAAUGUUGUUUUCUCCUCGCCUCCUCGGGGAUUGGUUUAUCUCUAUGAAUAACUCCAUCCCGGCUUUGAUCUCCUCUGCCAUUAAAGCGUGACAGGCUGUGAAAUGUGCUGUUGCUGCCGUCAAAUCCCCCUCCCGCUUCCCCCCCUCCACACUCCCCCGCUCCGGGGAACCUCCUUUCCCAGGCCCGUGAUGAGCUGCAGAGCAGCGAGCGGGGCCGAACCGCCGCGGGACAGCGGCCAAACGCUAUUCCGGAGCCAGGAAAAAACAGGCUCCUUCCACCAUCCCGCAUCCCUGGCUGCAGCACUGGGGGCCAUGGAGCAUCCCUGGUCCUAAGCGGUGGGUCGGGGUGCAGUGGCAUCAUCCCAACACGUGCCGCCACGGGGGCUGAUGUCACGGCUAAUUAUAGCAUCCCCCGUCCCUCUCCCCCACCAAAGCUUUACCUGAGAGAGGGUAAAAAUAACUCCUGGUGAGGGAGGAGCUGGAACGAGCCCAAGGACUCCUCCAGCAUCUCCAAAACUUGCACAAACCAGGACAGCACCCCCCUGCCCGCAACGUGGGGACACGGCCAUGGCUUGUCCCCAGCUGGGGAGUCAGGACAUGCUCCCGAGUGCCAGUGCCACCGUGCUCCUGGCUGCGGCUGUCCCCAGUCACCUUCACCCCGGCUCCGGUGUCAGCUUGGGGACAGGUGGUGGUAACCAGAGCCGGGGCCGCAUUGGUCCUCCCGCUGCUGGGAACCGGCUCCAACACGCUCCACAAACUGCUUAAGCUGAACAAGGCAGGUUAAUGGCCCCAGCUGAUGAUGGAGUGUUUUCAUUACAGCAUCUCCCUCUCCCUGCUGCAAUCGCUCCCGAGAAGACACAUUAAACCUCCCCCCGCUGUGGGAGCCGCUCAGCCCCUCGCUCACACCAUCAGGGACUCCCUGGGCAGCUAAACAAGCCCCUUCAGGCUUCUCUUCCAUUUUUCUUCUCCUCUCCCUCCUACAGACAUUGCACAGAAACUCCCAGCCCCAGAGCUGGGGAAUGCCAGGAAUCCCACCCAACCCCAGCCAGCACCAACCUGCUUGCUCCUGCCAAAAGCAGCGACCUCCAGCACCAGUCUGUGUGUGAUCAUCCCAGUUUGCUCCCAGCUUGUUCCCCCAGGGCUGAGCCACCACGAUAUCCCAAAACCCCCUCCCAGCUGGAGCCCUGAUGCCUUUACAGCCCAGCACUGCCCACAGUGCAGCUGCAGUUUCUAUCAAAGGCAAAGGGCUGGGAUGUGACCUGGUCAUAGGAUCAUAGAGUCACAGAAGGGUUUGGGUUAAAGGGACCUUCAAAUGUCACCUUAUGCCAUGAGCAGGGACAUCUUCAGCAGCUCAGGUUGCUCAGAGCCCCGUCCAGCCUGGCCUGGGAUGUCUCCAGGGAUGGUUCAUCUACCACCUCUCUGGCCAACCUGGGCCAGGCUCUCACCACCCUCAGGGACAACAAUUGCCUUUUAUCCAGCCUGAAUCUCCCUCCUGGAGUUUAAAACUGUCACAUCUUGUCCUAUCUCAACAGGCCCUGCUCAAAAGUCUGUCCCCAUCUUUCUUCAGGCCCCUUUUAAGCACUGAAAGGCCGCACUAAGGUCUCCCCGGAGCUUCUCUUCCCCAGCUGAACACCCCAACUCUCUCAGCCGUUCCUCCCAGCAGAGCUGCUCCAGCCUCACAUCAUUUCUGCGGCUCCUCUGGCCCCUUUCCAACAGGUCCAGGUCUGUCCUGUGCUCAGGACCCCAGAGCUGGACGCGGUGCCCGGGGGGUCUCACAGAACGGAGCAGAGGGGACAACCCCCUCCCUUCAUGACACCAUCUUCUUCAUGACAUGGGGGUUCCCAUCUCCCCAACCUUCCUUCCUGGCCCCAUUUUCCAAGAUGAGUUUCCAGCUCAGACUCUCUGGCACGACCUUGCUCUCGGCUUUAUGAAAUUUCAUCCCAUGGCUCUGGCGCUCGUCCCCAAGGUCACCCGCCUUUUCUCCCCAGUGCUGACUAUGUCCGCAGCCUUGUGGCAACUGCCACCGUCCCUCUUACACAAGGGCCACAUUGGGAAUAUUGAGCUUUAGGAGCCCCAGAAGGGAACCCUGAGGGACAGCCGGCUGUCACAUCAUUGGUCAUAACCUCUCAGUGUCCUGGCUGAGACUGCCCUGGCAGGGAUCCCCAGCACACACCCUGCCCGUUACACUGACAUCACUUGCUUGGGAAGAUCAAAUAAUUUUGUGCCAGUAUCAGAUCAGAUUUGUGCAGGUUUCUGGGUUGCAUUUCUCUGCCUGGUUUGGUGGUGCCCAUAUCCAUGAGUCAGGAUGUGCCUGGGGACUGGGGAAGGAGGCACCCGGGCAUCAUCACACCCGGGCAUCAGCAAACCCCCCCCCAGCUCCUGCACAUCGAGGCACUGCCGUAUUUAGAUGCUCCCCUUCCCCUUGGGCCGCCGAUGGCGGCUGUGGUGCCAGGAUGGGGCUGGAGAUUGUUCUGUGGUCACAUCGGAUGCUUUUACAAAGUGCUGAGCGCAGGAAAACAGCAAACCGCAACAGGGGCCGUGCUGCUGCAGGGCUGCAGGGCUGCAGGAGGAGAAGCCUUUGCUCCAGCAGCCAGUCCGGCCACCAGCUCCGUCCCACCGCCCAGCACCAGCGCUGCCUCCCCGGGACCCCCAGCCGCUCGGCAUGAGUCCUGGACACCGUCCCUGAGGAAGUCACAGCUGCCUGGCUCCCUUGGGAAUCCAGAGCGUGAGAUGACACACCCUGAGAAGUCAUCACAUGAACCAUGGCAGCGUCCAAAUCCUGCCGAAAACAGCUCUGGUUUGGAGGAGGAUGGAGCUGGCGCCACUCAGGACGUGGCGCCACUCGAGACACGGCACCACUCAGGACAUGACACCGCUCAGGGUGGGACAUCGCCUUCAGCGGGUGUCCCCGCACACACUGCUGCCCCGCGGUGAAGGAAGACGAGCCUGCGGGGACGGGUGCCACCAGGGCUGGAGGAGAGCGACGAGAGCUUGGGAACACCACAGCAUCCUUCCACCCCCCCGGCACGACCCAGCUGGGCGCUGCAGCAGGACGGCGUCACGGGCGUUUUGGGUAAACCUCCGGCUCCAGCUGUCCCGAUGAGCGCGUUGAGCCUGGCAAACCCGGCAUAUGGCGGCUGCGGCAACAGCCCGGAGCCCGGCAGGGAGCGCCUGGCCGGAGCAGCCGGUCGGGCUGCCAGGGCCGUGCAGGCCUGCAGCGAGGAUGGAGGAUGCGGGUGGGCAGCACGCCGGGGGCUCUGCACACACUUUUGCACACACUUGUGCAAAUUGUGUUUGCCGGAGCUGGUGGCCCCUUGGGUCCUCAGGCAGCACCGGGAGCUCCCGGAAUGUUGGUGCCUCUGGAGCCGGUGUGUCUCUGCUCCAUCCUGCAGCCACAGCCGGCCGGUCCCAGGGGACCUGGGGAGCCCGCAGAACCGCCCCUCGCUCCUCCUCUCCUCCUGCUCCUGAAAUACCCUCCUCUCGCCGUCCCGCUGAGCAUCCCUCUGCUCCUCGCUCCCGCUUGUCUCUCGCUCCUUUUCCCUUCUCCAUUCCUCCUCCCUGAACUUGCCCCUUGCUCCUUCCCUGCUCUCCCUCAACCCCUUUUCCCCACACCUGAACGCACAGACCCACCAUCGCAGACCCCCAGGCUGUGGCAGGGAGGGGGUCAGGACCCCCACACUGGAGCCAGGACCUGCACACCAGAGCUGGGACCCCCACACCAGAGCCGGGACCCCCACGCUGGACAAUGCCCCUCCAGAUAUUCUGCACCAUCUCCUUCUCCAGCGAGGAAGGACCAAGAGACACCGAUACCACUGGGAGGGGAGAGGACAGAGCGGAUGAGUUCCUGUAUGGGCACGAGGAGGAUGAAGAAGAGGAAGAAGACACAAGGGCAGCAGCCACAGACUUUGUGGCCUUUGCCAGCAGCUGCACCCUGCACGGGCUGAGCCACAUCUUCGUGGAGGGCAGCCUGGGCGCCCGGCAGGCGCUCUGGGCAGUGGCCUUCCUCCUCUCCCUCUCCGUCUUCCUCUACCAGGUGGCCGACCGCAUCGUCUACUACCUGGAGUACCACCACGUCACGCUGCUCAGCGAGGAGGAGAGCCCCGAGAUGACCUUCCCCGCCAUCACCUUCUGCAACAUCAAUCGCGUGCGGGUCUCGCAGCUCAGCCACGAGGACCUGCUCUACCUCGCUCCCCUGGUCGACUACGAGCCCGGGAUGGAGCUGGGCUUUUCCCCAGCCCAGCCCGGCCCUGGGGACGAGGACGAGCCCCUAAAUUUGUAUGGGUUUUUUAACCGCACUUGCCACCAGCUGGAGGACAUGCUGCUGAGCUGCAGCUACCGGGGCGAGCGCUGCGGCCCCGGCGACUUUGCGGCGGUCUUCACGCGCUACGGCAAGUGCUACACCUUCAACGCGGGGCAGGACGGGAAGCCCCGGCUCAUCACCAUGAAGGGGGGCACUGGUAACGGCCUGGAGAUCAUGCUGGACAUUCAGCAGGAUGAAUACCUGCCAGUGUGGGGGGAAACAGACGAGACCUCGUUCGAAGCCGGGAUCAAGGUGCAGAUCCACAGCCAGGACGAGCCGCCGCUCAUCGACCAGCUGGGCUUUGGGGUGGCCCCCGGCUUCCAGACCUUCGUGUCCUGCCAGGAGCAGCGGCUCAUCUACCUGCCGCCUCCCUGGGGUGACUGCAAGGCCACGGCGGGCGACUCGGAGUUUUACGACACCUACAGCAUCACCGCCUGCCGCAUCGACUGCGAGACGCGCUACCUGGUGGAGAACUGCAACUGCCGCAUGGUGCACAUGCCCGGGGAUGCCCCUUAUUGCACCCCGGAGCAGUACAAGGAGUGCGCGGAUCCCGCCUUAGAUUUCCUGGUGGAGAAGGACAACGAGUACUGCGUCUGCGAGAUGCCCUGCAACGUCACCCGCUACGCCAAAGAGCUCUCCAUGGUGAAGAUCCCCAGCAAAGCCUCCGCCAAGUACCUGGCCAAGAAGUACAACAAGUCGGAGCAGUACAUCGGGGAGAACAUCCUGGUGCUGGAUAUCUUCUUCGAAGCCCUGAACUACGAGACGAUCGAGCAGAAGAAGGCGUACGAGGUGGCUGGCUUGCUGGGCGACAUUGGGGGGCAGAUGGGGCUGUUCAUCGGGGCCAGUAUCCUCACAGUACUGGAGCUGUUUGACUACGCCUACGAGGUGAUAAAGCACCGGCUGUGCCGGCGGGGCAAGUGCCACAAGAACCACAAGAGGAACAACACGGACAAGGGCGUCGCGCUGAGCAUGGACGACGUAAAACGCCACAACCCCUGCGAAAGCAUACGGGGCCACCCGGCAGGCAUGACGUACGCAGCCAACAUCCUACCUCACCACCCGGCCCGGGGCACCUUUGAGGACUUCACCUGCUAACCGACGUCUGGAUGUACAACCUGAGCUACCAAAGCCCUCCGGAGAGCUGCCCUUCUCCCUGCCAGCGCCAGCGGAGAGACACAUCCAGGGGACAUUGCUCCUCGCCACGGUGGGACACGGACAAGAGCGACGGCCUCGGAUUGCGGGGCAGGCGGCCGGGCCGGGUCGGUUCACACUCGAACCCGGCGCGUGGCCCCCGCGGCAGCUGCUCGGCGCCUGCCCCGCGACUUCAGAGACUCGAGGACGCUCCGGCCCGGCCGUCCCUGCGGCGCAGGGAGUGACACGCACAGCGGGCUGGGGCACGGGCCUGCCCUGUCCCCCCCUUGGCUCCCCUCGGCCUUUUUAACUAGAAACCCAGAAGCCAAGAAGAAGCAGCCAUUCGGCCGCAGAGUCUCCAUCCACAGCCCUGUCCGUCUGUCUGUCCAUUGUCUCCAUGCCUAUCCUGCUCCAAAGCCUUGGCCGGCGCUUGCUGGGACCCUGGUUCGCCGAGGAGCCCUGUGGCAUGUCCCUGGGUGGUCCCAGGGGAGCCUCGCUGUCCCUCGGCACCGUGGUGGCCCAUGGCCCAUGGCAUUCCCGGCCAUUCCACGCGCACGAGGAUGGAGCACCUCCACCUCUCCAAAACGUCUUCCUCGGCACCCUGCCCCCCGAGCUCGCUGGGAGCCCCACGGGGACCCAGCCGGGGGUGGCAUUGAAGACCCCCCACCUGGGCACCCGCAUCGGGUUGGGCGAUGGUCGGUCUACCUGCCCCUCUCCUGGGCUCCUGGCCAGCACCAGCCCCGCUCCGCAGCCCCUCUGUCCCCAGGGAACCUGGGGUUCCCCGUGCGGCCCCCAAAAACAGCCAUUCUCGGGGAGAAAGGCGGAAGGAAAGCUCCGGGCCCCUAAUUUGGCUGCAGCCACCAGCCCAGCUCAGCCAGGGGCACCACGAGGGACAGCCCCGCGGCUCCGCUUCGCCACAGGAGCCCCAGCCCCGUAAGGGUUGGGAGGUUGAGGGACCCCCCCAUGGCACAGGGUGCUCUGGUCCACGGGGCCGUAGGUUCCCCCCCACACUGAACCCCCCACUGAACCAGCAGCUGCCCCCAGGAACCACCCGCUGGCUCCUGCCCUGGGACGGCCGCUGCUCCCCCUGUCACCGUCCCCUCCCCGGCACGCGGGGUCCGGCACCGGCCCCGUCUCUGCCCCCCGGGCCCGCAAGCGCCGCAACAUUUCGCUCUGGGGUCGGUGGAAAUUGGCCCCCCCGGCCCCAGCCCCCCAGGCCCCACACGUCAAGCCAGAUCCCUCGCAGGGCCGAAGUGCUACUUAUCUUUAAGAGCUUUUGCAAUAAGUCUUUUUAGUAAUUAUUAUUUCCAAACGGCGGUUUUGGUUUGAUGAUUGUCAUUAUUAUUAUUAUUGUUAUUAUUAUUUGCUUCCUGACCAAAAUUAGGAACUGGGGGUCAGUCCUUUGUAUCCAGCGAUCACCCAAAGAUAACGGGUCGGCCACAUCCAUAAAUUUUCUUAUGGAUUUCUCCUAAUGUUUCAUUGCUUUUCAUUUAUUUAUUUUCUUCCUUUCUCUUUCCCAUUCAAGCUUUUAAAGAUGGGGCUGGGAUUUCACCUUGACGCUCACCUGUUGACGCAUACACUUUUGCGUUUGUUUCUAUUAUGUCAUCCGCAUUUUAUAUUUCUUAUAUAUAAUAUAUAUGACUAUAUAUAUAUGUGUACAUAUAUAUAUAUAUAUCUCUAUAUAUGCAUCAUACCAGUGUAGAUACCCAUCUAGAAGCAUUUAGGCCUUGUUCUUGUGCCAUUCUUUCUUUCUGUUACUGAUCUCUGAAUGCCUUCAAGUGUAUAAAGUGUUGAAUUCUCUCUGGUAUCUGUACUAUGUACACACAUUUUCAUAGGAAGCACAAUACGAUGACAGAUGCAUUGUACAUCAAUACCUGCUACUCUUAACGGUGAUAUAAAGAGUGAUAUAAACUCUGAA